AAACAAAAUUAGGUCUUAUAUACCCCUUUACUUGCUUUAUAUUUUUAUGCUUGGUCCACGUGAAUCUCUUAUAAUCGAAGAAAAAGGAGAGAUAGUCAUCUUCACCUCCUCUGUUUUCAUUUUGAUAUGUGCAUAUAUGUUCUCUAAGUUGAAUUGUAUCGAAGAAAAAGAGUGAAGGAAGAAGGAAAGGCAAAUUCACGAGCAAGUGAGUGGCAGAGAUGGGAAGAGUGAAGCUUCAGAUGAAGAGAAUAGAGAACACAGCAAACAGGCAAGUCACUUUCUCCAAGAGGAGGAAUGGGCUGAUUAAGAAGGCCUACGAGCUCUCCGUCCUCUGCGAUGUCGAUAUCGCCCUCAUCAUGUUCUCCCCUUCUGGUCGCCUCAGCCUCUUUUCCGGUCAUAACAAAAGCAUCGAAGAGGUUCUCAGGCGGUACGUGGACCUUCCUGAGCAGGACAGCGGAAGAACGCUGCCCAAUCAAGAGUCUCUUCGAAAGAUGCUUUGCAAAUUAAAGGGUGAAUCAAACUUAACUUACUAUCACAUGGCAAGUCUGGCAAGCUCUGACUCUCCAGUUGAGGCAGUAGAUGCAACAGAACUCAUCAUGAUUCACCAUGAACUUCUAAGAUGCAAGUCUCAAUUGGACGAUAAGGAGAAGCAAUUGAGGGUAUAUGAAGGUGAUCCCCGCGAGAUCACAACCUUGCCUGAGCUGCAGUGUCGAGAAGAGAUCCUCCAGGAAACUUUACGACAGGUCCAGAGACGAGUGCAACUUCUGGAGAAGAGCUACAUCUCUACAUCACCAGAUUCAAAGAGGAACUUGGGCUGGCUUCUGCAAAGAGACCCACAAGUUCAGAUCCUGAAUUUCUUGGGCUCCAACGUGCUUCUUCCUUCAAGCAUUUUGUCGCAACAAUUGGUAUCAAAGCCUGGGUGUUGUGAUCAGAUCCUGAAGAUCUUGGUUGCGAGAUUUGAGGUUGAGAAGAUUGAUGGAUCAAGCGGCAGCGGAUUGUGCAGAUCAAGUGGAAGGUAUUGCUGGUGCAACAUGGCCUUGGUGGAGCACUAGGAGGAAAAGCCCCGACGGCCAUGACUCGGGAAAUGAUAAAUGAGGUGGAGCCCUUGGGGGCUGUAGUAGAGCAGGAGGCAAAUAUGAGUCAAGGUGGAGACUUGAAGACCCGAAAAGAAGGAUGAAAGAUCAACCGAAAUUAAGGAAGAGUAUUCGGCAGUUGAUGUCGUAGCACAUAAAGGGAUGCUGCAGCACUGCACGAGCGCAAAACUUGAGCACUCUGCCAGUGCCACAGCACAGAGACAGAUGCUACAGCACUGGAAGGUCGCGUGCGAGAUUUUGUUUCCGUUUUGGUACGAUUUCAUUGUAACUUGGACAUCCAACAAAAAAGCCGUGACCACGAGAAGGUUGACUGUCGCAAUAGUUGGCUGAAUGUAAGUCAAGGUGGAGAAUUGUUGGUGUGUCUUGCAUUAAGCUGGAAACGAGGACAAGAUCAGGAGAAAUAUUAUUUCUAAUAUUUCAGGGUAACUCAUAAUAUAUUCAAAGGGGAAAAUUACCCUUGGAGAGAUAUUAUGAUA